AUGGCAAAUGCAUGGACAGAAGAUCAAAUUGCUAUAUUCCAUGAAGCCUUUGAUGUUGUUGACAAGGAUUCCGACGGUUUCAUUAGUGUGGAAGAACUGUCAUCCAUUGUUCAGUCAUUAGAAGGAAACACGACAAAAGAAGAAAUUCAAGAAAUGAUUAGUAAAGUCGAUGUUGAUGGAAAAGGAAGUGUAAAUUUUGAAGAGUUCUUGAAUGUUAUAGGAAUGACAAUGAAGGAAAAUCUGAAUGAGGAGCUAAAAGACGCGUUCAAAGUGUUUGACAGGGAUAACGAUGGAUACAUAUCAGCUACUGAGUUGAGACAUGUGAUGAUGAAGUUGGGAGAGAGGCUGACAGAAGAAGAAGUUGAACAAAUGAUUCGAGAAGCAGAUUUGGAUGGAGAUGGUAGCGUUAGCUAUGAAGAAUUUGCUAGGUUUAUGACAUUUAAUUGA